CAAGGUAUCACAAAGAUGCCAUAUUUAUAUGCACGAAGUGACAAAGGAAGAGGAGCAUCGACGAAGAAGAAAUCGAAAUCAAUGGAGAAACAGAGUGUCCCAAUAUUUGACCUUCAAAACUUUCCAGGAAAAUACGAGAGCCCUUUGAGGGAGGCAUGUGAGGAAUGGGGUUGCUUCAGGGUCGUUAAUCAUAGCAUACCCAUCUCACUAAUGUCAGAUAUGAAGGAAGUGGUGAAGUCUCUGUUAGACCUUCCCAUUGAAAUCAAGAAACGCAACACCGAUACUAUUCUUGCGAGUGGCUACAUCCCGCAGAAUGAAUUCAAUCCUCUUUUUGAGGCGUUGGGCCUCUAUAACAUAGGAUCCUCGCAAGCUGUGCAAGACUUUUGUACUAAACUCGAUGUCUCUGUUCAUAAAAGAAAGAUAAUAGAGGCUUAUGGCCAGGCAGUGACUGGUGCGGCUAUGAAAAUAUCGGAAAAGUUGGCUUCAAGUUUGGGAUUGAAUGGUUACUCGUUCGAGGGUUGGCCGAUGCACUGCCGGAUGAACAAGUUCAGCUUCACCCCAGAAACUGUGGGCUCUUCGGGGGUUCGGAUGCAUACAGAUCCAAUGUUCUUUACCAUUCUUCAGGAUGAUGAAAAUGUUGGGGGUCUUGAAGUGAUGAACAAAUCUGGUGAAUUUGUUGCUGUUGAUCCGUUGCCGGGAAGCAUUCUUGUCAACUUCGGAGAUAUUGGUAGUGCUUGGAGUAACGGGAGGUUUUACAGCGUGAAGCAUAGAGUGCAAUGCAAAGAAGCCUCAACUAGACUCUCUAUUGCUUCUUUUGUCUUGGGACCAAAGGAGGGGCCAGUGGAACCUCCGCCGGAGUUUGUGGACGAUCAGCAUCCGCGUCUCUACGCUUCUUUUACCUGGGAAGAUUACAGGAAGCUCCGAGUGUCAACGAAAUUUAGAAAUAUUGACGGUCUUUCCGAUGUACGUGUUCAACCCAGAAAUGAAUGAGUAAAAAAUGAGGAAGUUCUUCAUUUCUCUAAAUAAAGAUAACUCUGCACUUCCAUAGUUC